UUACACACACACACACAAACACACACACUCACGCACACACGGGCUUAUCAGUUCAUUCAUGUGUGUGUCAGCGACUCCACAUGAUCAAUAAUUCUGAUGGAUAAUUAUUUUUCUUCUUUUGCUUCAAACACAUCAAAAGAUGCUUUUGCACGCUGUAACAUCACCUGUGGACACGAUGUGCCCACUGCUUACAACUGUACUGUAGGACGUUCUCUGCACUGUGUGUCCAUCGAUGUGACGGAGCUGGUCAGCAACACAUCCAGCCUCACUAUGGGUCCGGACCGGGGAAGAUACGACUUCUACAUCGGCCUGGCCUUGGCCAUCAGCUCUAGCAUCUUCAUCGGGGGAAGCUUCAUCCUGAAGAAGAAGGGACUGCUGCGUCUGGCGAGGAAGGGCUCGAUGAGAGCAGGUCAGGGUGGUCAUGCUUAUCUGAAAGAGUGGCUGUGGUGGGCUGGUUUACUGUCAAUGGGAGCAGGUGAAGCAGCAAACUUCGCAGCGUACGCCUUCGCUCCUGCGACUCUGGUCACUCCACUGGGGGCGCUCAGUGUCCUUGUCAGUGCCGUGCUGUCGUCGUACUUCCUGUCGGAGCGCCUGAACCUUCAUGGAAAGCUGGGAUGUCUGCUCAGUAUCCUGGGCUCCACGAACAUGGUGAUCCAUGCGCCGCAGGAGGAGGAGAUCACCAGUCUGGAACACAUGGCCAAGAAACUGGUGGACCCAGGAUUCUUCGUGUUUGCCACACUCGUCAUCAUCGUGGCCGUCAUCUUCAUCUUCGUGGUGGGUCCUCGUCACGGUCAGACCAACAUCCUGGUCUACAUCACCAUCUGCUCGGUGAUCGGAGCGCUGUCCGUGUCCUGCGUUAAAGGACUGGGAAUCGCCAUCAAAGAAGCCAUCGCGGGGAAAAGCGUGGCGAGGAACCCGCUAGCGUGGCUGCUGCUGGCGGCUCUGGUGGCGUGCGUGAGUACGCAGAUUAAUUACCUGAACAAAGCGCUGGACAUCUUCAACACGUCCCUGGUGACGCCCAUUUACUACGUCUUCUUCACCACGUCCGUCCUCACCUGCUCCGCCAUCCUCUUCAAGGAGUGGGAGCACAUGGAGGCGGGCGACGUGAUCGGAACGCUGAGCGGCUUCCUCACCAUCAUUGUGGGCAUCUUCCUGCUCCACGCCUUCAAGGACGUCAACGUCAGUCUGGCGUCCCUCGCUGUGUCCAUGCGGAAGGACGAGCGCGCCGGCUUCCCCGCAGCCAACGGCGCGGCAGUGCACAGCACCUACGAAAUGCUGCACGAGUCCACAGAGGACGCGGACGACAGAGACACGGGUUUGUCUUUUGACAGCGUUUCAAGAAGAAACGGGGCGAUGAUGUCAUCGCUGGAUCAUUAAGACUUUGAUUAUUUUUUUUUUUAAUAUUAGCACCGUACUGACCAAUCACGUCACUGCUGUGGUUUAGGACAACAAUAAGACAAUCAGCUGUUUGGGACUGACCAGUGGAUUGUAUUCAACGUUUAAUUUGCCUUACUUCUUUCUUAAAGGUAGAGUUCAGGUUUUCUAACCAUAAGUGUUCAUAUGAGGUUCACACACGAGCACUGUGAGCGCCCCCCUGUGCUGACAGGUCAACACAUGUUCAGAGACUCACUUAAGUCUUAAGAACAUGUUCACGUCUUUAACUCACUGUUGGACAAACCACUCACUCUCCCACACCAAAGUCCACAGAGAAAAUCAGUGAUUUUAGCUCACAGGGACACAAGAGCUGCUGGUCCUCUGCUGCCUCGUGUGUGGUCACUGAGCUAUUUCUUAAUGAAAAAGUAAGACAUUAGAACUUAGGGAUGGAGGCAGCAGUGGAUCAACAACUCCUGUGUGCGGUGAUGUUAAAAUCACUGAUUUUCUCUAUGAAGUUUAGUGUGGGAGAGUGAGUGGUUUACAAACUUCAACAAAAGUUGGGAUGACCCGAUACUGGUCAGAAUCAGUGCAGAGUGUCUGAUUUGCGUGUUGUGUGAACAGUGUUUACAUGUAAUAGUGAGAUAAAGAUAUCAUUGUUUACUCAUUGAGGCUUUAACUCAUACAACACUGGAGAAAAACCUGAACUGUCCCUUUAAAGUCAUUCCUCUGUAGCGUUUUUUUCUAUAGGAAUAAUGUUGUUAUACGUUCCUGCAUAAUUCAUGCACUGACUUUGUUUCUACAAAUCAAACACAGAUGAGUUUAUAUAAUAAAUGUGUAAAUGAAGAGUGGUCGCUAUGGCGACGUUCAUCCUCCCGAACCCUCUUUUGUAACAAACACUUGAGAUGAAUCGUCAGAUUUGUUACAUAUUUAUUGAAUUAAAAUGAUUUAAAACAAGGCAGAGUGAAUAAAUGCUUAACACGA